GGGGCUGGUCUCCGAGGCUGCAGAGGGCGGGAGGGAAAGCAACGGGAGGAGGGGAGGAGGGAGGGGACUUGGCAGCUCCCGCUCAGCUCCGCUCGGCGCACCCACGCCUCGCUGCCCCGCUCCCUGCCCCCCACCCGGGCAUGCGCCCCCCGCGGCUCCGGCCCCCCAAAACCCGCGCAGACCCCCGGAGACUCCCCAGAGCCGGCCGCGCAGGAUGGGCGCCCUCGGGCCCACGCCGCUGCCGCCGCCGCUGCUGCUGCUGUUAAUGUUGGGAUUCGAGGGCGGGGCCCGGGAGGUGCUGGUCCCGGAGGGGCCCUUGUACCGCGUGGCUGGCACAGCUGUCUCCAUCUCCUGCAAUGUGAGUGGCUACGAGGGCCCUGCCCAGCAGGAUUUCGAGUGGUUCCUGUACAGGCCUGAGGCCCCAGAGGCUGCACUGGGCAUUAUCAGUACCAAGGAUACCCGGUUCUCCUAUGCUAUCUUCGGGCCCCGAGUGGCGGCUGGUGAGGUGCAGGUGCAGCGCUUACAGGGUGAUGCCGUGGUGCUCAAGAUUGCCCGCCUGCAGGCCCAGGAUGCUGGCGUUUACGAAUGCUACACCCCCUCCACUGAUGCCCGCUACCUGGGCAGCUACAGCGGCAAGGUGGAGCUGAGAGUUCUUCCAGAUGUGCUGCAGGUGUCUGCUGCCCCCCCAGGGCCCCGAGGCCGCCAGGCCCCAACCUCACCCCCACGCCUGACGGUGCACGAGGGGCAGGAGCUGGCUCUGGGCUGCCUGGCGAGGACAAGCACACAGAAACACACACACCUGGCGGUGUCCUUUGGGCGAGCUGUGCCUGAGGCGCCAGUGGGGCGAGCGACUCUGCAGGAGGUGGUGGGACUCCGGUCUGAUUUGGCCGUGGAGGCCGGAGCGCCCUAUGCUGAGCGGCUGGCUGCAGGGGAGCUGCGGCUGGGCAAGGAAGGGACUGAUAGGUAUCGCAUGGUGGUCGGGGGUGCCCAGGCGGGGGACGCAGGCACCUACCAUUGCACUGCCACUGAGUGGAUUCAGGAUCCUGACGGCAGCUGGGCCCAGAUCGCAGAGAAAAGGGCUGUCCUGGCCCAUGUGGAUGUGCAGACACUGUCCAGCCAGCUGGCAGUGGCAGUGGGGCCUGGUGAACGUCGGAUUGGCCCAGGGGAACCCCUGGAACUGCUGUGCAAUGUGUCAGGGGCACUGCCCCCCGCAGGCCGUCAUGCUGCGUACUCUGUGGGUUGGGAGAUGGCACCUGCGGGGGCACCUGGGCCUGGCCGCCUGGUAGCCCAGUUGGACACAGAGGGUGUGGGCAGCCUGGGCCCUGGCUAUGAGGGCCGGCACAUUGCCAUGGAGAAGGUGGCGUCCAGAACCUACCGGCUGCGGCUGGAGGCUGCAAGGCCUGGUGACGCAGGCACCUACCGCUGCCUCGCCAAAGCCUAUGUUCGAGGGUCUGGGACCCGGCUUCGUGAAGCAGCCAGUGCCCGCUCCCGACCUCUCCCCGUGCACGUGCGGGAGGAAGGUGUGGUGCUGGAGGCUGUGGCAUGGCUAGCAGGAGGCACUGUGUACCGGGGGGAGACUGCUUCCCUGUUGUGCAACAUCUCUGUGCGCGGUGGCCCCCCAGGGCUGCGGCUGGCUGCCAGCUGGUGGGUGGAACGACCUGAGGACGGGGAGCUGAGCUCAACCCCUGCCCAGCUGGUGGGUGGCGUGGGCCAGGACGGCGUAGCAGAGCUGGGGGUCCGGCCCGGAGGAGGCCCUGUCAGCGUGGAGCUGGUGGGGCCCCGAAGCCAUCGGCUGAGACUACACAGCUUGGGGCCCGAGGACGAAGGUGUGUACCACUGCGCCCCCAGUGCCUGGGUGCAGCAUGCCGACUACAGCUGGUACCAGGCGGGCAGUGCCCGCUCGGGGCCUGUCACGGUCUACCCCUACACGCAUGCCCUGGACACCCUACUCGUGCCCCUGCUGGUGGGUGCAGCGGUGGCCCUAGUCACUGGCGCCACCGUCCUUGGCACCAUCACCUGCUGCUUCAUGAGGAGGCUGCGAAAACGGUGAUCCUCACUCUCCAGUUCUUGCAGGUGUCGACUGUCUUCAGCCUAGCUCCAAGCUCUCCUCUGGUUGCCUGGAUACCCCCUCCCUCUGUCCAACUUCCUUUAAUUUAUUUGACCUCCCUCCACCCCGAGUGGGAGGCAUGGCCCCCAUUCCCCACUCCUUCCCUCCCACACCCCUCCUACAUACCCAUCCUACAGGGAGGCCAUUCCCUGUCCUGGAAUUAGUUUUUCUAAAAUGUGAAUAAACUUGUUUUAUAAAAUCCA